AUGUCACUGACUAUCCAGCAAAUAAUUUUGGAUGCAAAAAGGCUCGCAGGUCGUCUUAAAGAACGCGAAACAGAGGCUGAUGCUCUGUUGAGCGAAACCCAAGCAACUUAUCGACAAAUUCAUACAAUGAAACAGUAUAAAGAAGAAGUUGAUACAUUAAAUGAGGCAUCACGAGAGAGACCAAGAGGGGCUCUCAUCGCCAGCAUAGAGAGAGAGUCUCAGCUCAUGAGGGGUGUGCAGAGGGAGAAUGGUGAGCUCAGAGCUGCACUAGAAGAUCACAGACGAGCCUUGGAAUUAAUCAUGUCAAAAUAUCGACAGCAUACAGAGAAGAAAAUAUGGGAGUCAAGAAUAGAUUUCACCUCAGCUAUAAAUGAGAAACAACAAGAGUUGAUACGCCAGCAAGCAGAACGAAUCAAUGAAAUGACAACUGUUAUGUACAAAGCAAUAAAUAUGGACGAGAAUAGUGAAGCCAGGAAGGAUGAAGAGCUUUACCAAAGGCUCAUUACUGAAAACAAGGGCCUGAGAGAAAUGCUGGAUCUAUCUCGAAGGUACGGGUCUGAUCGUGUGAUGGCGCCUCCAAUGGAGGACAAGGACGUUCAAACAGACGGCCCGCCGCUGACGGGAGCGUGACGCCCCGCGCUGCCGGCACACCGACCGACUGCUACCUCGCGCGCUCACAGGUAGAUCCUGCAAAAUACUCCUGUCUGCACAUCUUUAUAUUUUCACUCACAAAAUUAGAAAUGUCAAAAGUCAGCUCAUCAUGGGAUGAUUUUUAUUAUCAAUUAGUCGGGUUUAGUUUUUUUCAAUAAUUGAAAGUUAGUAUCGAUCACAAAAUGAUGCACACAAAAUUCAGUAUAAAUAAUUGCAUAUGUUUUGUAAUAAUAUACAUGUGUAUUUAAUGAUUUCACACAAGGUAUUACGGUUUUAUUAAAUAAAGAAAAAAUAUUUUACUGCAUGUAACGGUUUAUUUAACAAUGACAUG